AUGGCACCCAAAACACCCCUCCUGACAGCAGGCACGACGGACGCAAAACCGUACAAAACUCCCCUCCGCCGCGGCGGCCCAAUAACAACCCAAGAGAAGAUCCAAGCCGCGGCAAUGAAACGAGACAGAGCUCCCAAAAACAUCCCUCGCGAGGCACCCAAUCCACCAGCCAAGCCGAAACCACGUUCGCUACCACCGCCAGGCGAAGGCGAAGCAGACAUCUUGGCCAGAGCCCGCAAUGCUGGUGUUCUCAAGAAGAAGAUGGCGCCGAAGCCGCAUAAGGCUUUGACUACGCAGAGGAAGAUCCAGAUGGCGUCGCUUGCGGCGAAGGCGAAGGGUCCGCAGACGAAGAGUGCUGGGAAGGUCGAGGAGGGGAAGACGAAGAAAGGCGGCAAGGUCGUGGAAAGGAUGAAUGGCAAGGUUGUGGAGACGAAGGUCCCGAAGGUGAAGGCGCCGGGCAUGAUGGCGGUGCUCAGGAGUCAGGAUAGCAGCACGCUCCGAUUCGAGAAAGAAGGUGCGCAUCGGGCGGUGAUGUCGAGGCGGACGGUCCGUUCUGCGAGGUUGUUGGAACAGAUUCGGGAGAAAGCUUUGCGGGAUCCGGAGGUGAAGAGGGUGUGGGAGAGUGAGGCGAUGCAAGAUCUUCUUGAGCAGGUCAAGGGCGCCAAGGAUAAAGUGCACCCGGCUUUGAAAGCGAUCAGCAAGGAUGAUGGGAUGAAGUGUGUAGUGGAAAGGCUGGUGGCUGCGCGAGUUCUGCCGGCUCCUGGAAAGCUGGAGCUGCUACCCGUCGAUCUAGAUCCGAGAGUAACAUUCCGCUUCCUCGACCUCCCGGAGAAGGUCCGCAAGCUGAUCUAUGAGAUGGUCGUGGUGGAUUCCGCUCACUUCGUCGACCCUGAAUUGCCUACUGGACAGGAGCAACCGGAUCUAGCCAUAGUCAAUCGGCAACUCCGAGCGGAUGUCUUACCGAUCUUCUACGCAAGGAACAUCUUCACUAUUGACCUCACUACCCGCCCGGUCCAGAAGAAUGGUUCGACUAGUCUUGUUCUUCUCCUGCGCUGGGCUAGACAGUUGGAGGUGGGGGGGUGGUUCAAGCAUAUUCGUCACUGGGUUUUGGCAUGCACACCUUCCGUUCAGCCCGGCGAGCAGGAUAAGGAUGUCAUGCUUUCGGUCUUGUUUGAGGGGAAGGAAGGCACUGCUUUGGGCGCGGUGGUCGAGUUGCAUCGGGAGGCGAGCUGUGUGUUGGCGGGAAGGAAUGGGAUGUUGGAGUGCGCUGUCCACGAGACUCCGGGCUGGGUUAACAGCGCGGUCAUUGAGCUCUGUGAUGGUGCGAGGGGUGGAGAGGUCAGGGGAGAUAUGGUGGUCAAGCUGGCCAGAACAGUCAAAGAUCGUAUGGGUGAGCUGGUGGGGCUGCGAUGCAUGAAGGAGAAUGGUAGUGUUAGAAUGUGA